CUAUGGAAACCCCAUCCCCGGCUCUUCCCCGCAGGCUGAACAGUAAUCCCCUCCUUCAGUCCCGUCAGCAGAGGCCCGGAGGAUAACACGACACCCCCAGCCCAGAGACUUUCCCCGCUCAGCUCCCACAGCGGCCCGGCCGCCAUUUUGGGAGCCGGGGCAGGCGAACUACAGGUCCCAGCAGGCCCGGCGCCGCGCCGCCAUCUUGCCCCUCCGCUCCGCGGGGCAGCGGGGCAGGCAGCGGGGCCAUGGCGCUGUUCCCGGCCUUCGCCGGUGCCGCCGAGCCCGGGGAGACCCCAGCGGGCAGCAGCGAGGGCUCCAGGAAAGACCUGGACUGGCUGAGUAACCCAAGCUUCUCUACCGAAGAUGCACUGUUAGUGCAUCAACGCACUACAGAAGUUGCAAAUUCUACCCCUGAAAAAUCACCACUAAUAAGCAGGACUACUUCAAGAUCAGAGCUGUCAGGGGAAAGUGAUUCAGAUGAGAAUCUGAAAAAGUCAAGUAAGAAAAGGAAAAAGAAAAAGAAAAAGCAUCACCACUACAAGACAAAAAAGAAAGCCAAAGGGGACUCCAGCAGCAGCGAAUCAGACUUGGACACUAAGCACAUCAAGGACAGAGCUACAGCAAGUGGCAGAAAUCGUGAAAAGGAAGCAGCAGCAAAUCUAGGUGAUAAAACAUCAAAUCUUACCAACAACCGCUUUGUUUGGCUUGAUGACGUCCAGGCUUUCACAGCAGAAACUUUCAGAAUAGACAAGAAAUCAGAUCCUGCAAACUGGGCCUACAAAUCCCUGUAUCGAGGGGACAUUGCAAGAUAUAAAAGGAAAGGAGAGUCCUGUCUUGGCAUAGAUGCAAAGAAACAAUGUAUAACUUGGGACAGUCCUGCAUCCCAAAAGAAGCAAUCACAGAGGCGACCUGAGCGCUACUUUUCAAAGAACAAUGUGAAGACAUUAAACACAGAUGGGAUUCCUGUUUGCAAUAAAAGUUCUCCAUCUGACUCAGCUGCUUUUAUACCAGUUUUCCAAAUGGAAAGCAGUGAUCCUUCUGACACAACAGAGGUAAACCCUCUUGGGAUUUAUGAUCCAUCAACUACAGUGUGGCUGCAAGGAAAAGGAAACAAAGAUGCAGAACAUGAGCCUGUAAAUACACAGCAGGCAUUUCAGGAGUCUGUGAUAAAUGUUAACCCCAUUCUGAUGACAAAAGUGGAAGAAUAUAACAAGAAAGUCAGAGAAAACCCAAGAGAUAUUAAUGCUUGGAUGGAAUUUGUUUCUUUUCAGGAUGAAUUAAUGAGAGGACCUAGCCCUUAUGCAAGUAUGGGAGAGCAGGAAGUAAGAAGAAAAUCACUGAAGUUAAUCUUAGAAAAGAAACUAGCUAUUUUAGAGAGGGCAAUUGAAAGCAAUCCAGGUAAUGUUGAUCUGAAACUCGCCAGGUUGAAGGUUUGCACAGAAUUCUGGGAACCACCAGCUUUGAUCAAAGAAUGGCAGAAGCUAAUUUUCAUACAUCCCAAUAACCCAGAGCUGUGGAAGAAAUAUCUUCUGUUCUGUCAAAGUCAGUUCAGUACCUUUUCUGUUUCAAAAAUCAAUGGACUCUAUGGAAAAUGCUUGACUACGCUGGCAGCUGUACAGGAUGGCAGCAUGGUGUCACAUCCCCCACUGCCAGGCACAGAAGAAGCUAUGCUAGCUAUAUUUAUUCAGCAAUGCCACUUCCUGCGACAGGCUGGCCAUUCUGAGAAAGCAGUGUCUUUGUUUCAGGCUCUGAUUGACUUCACCUUCUUUAAACCUGACAGUGUAAAAGAUCUGCCAACAAAGGGACAGGUGGAAUUCUUUGAACCCUUUUGGGAUAGUGGAGAACCACGAAUUGGAGAAAAAGGAGCAAGAGGCUGGAGGGCAUGGAUGCACCAACAAGAAAAGGGUGGCUGGAUUGCUGUUGACAAACCUGAUGAUGAUGAUGAAGAAGAGAUAGAUGAAGACGAAGAAAUAAAGGAUAAAACUCUCCCCAAGUGGCACAUUUGGCUGGAUAUUGAAUAUUCUCGUGAAGCAAGACAUUGGCUACCUUGGAGGCCAGACAAAAACAAAAACCAAACUGAAGAAGACUGUGAAGAUCCAGAAAGACAGGUUUUAUUUGAUGAUCUUGGACCAUCCAUGAUCCAGCUUUCUAAUCCAGACCUUCAACAUCAACUGCUGUACUCAUUUUUGCAAUUCCUGGGAGUGCCAUGUAUAAGUAAACUCUUUCCUCCCAACCUCUAUAUUGCCAUGGACGAAAAUAACAUCUUUGACAAUGUACUUUCUGAUGAAAAGCCACUGACUUCUAUUGAUGUGCCACUAUCUGGAUUCAACAGUAUUGGUCAUAUGGACACGAUGCUAAGAGGCAGACAGCAUAUAGGCCAUUAUAAAGAUGGAGAGGAAUUCAUACAGAAUGUUUUUCAUGCUCUAUACCUGCUAUUUUCAGGAAAGGAAAAAUCUAACCUGUCCAUUUGUUGGUUACAGUAUGAAAUAUCUAAGGUAGUUCAGUGUCUCCAAACAAAAAACAAGAAGAAGCUGAAAGCACAAGGGAGGAAAAGUAAAAAAUUGGCCAAGAAUCUCCUUAAAGCACCUGACAACCGAAAUGACCUUUCUCUUUGGAAACUGUAUGCGUACCUAGAAUGGCUGCUUGGAAACACUGCUGAUGCUAGGAAGGUAUUUGACACAGCUCUGAGCACAGCAGAGACGGGAGGAUUGAAGAGUCCCAAGCUGUGCAGCCUCAGUCUGCUUUAUGCUCAGCUAGAAGUGGAACUCCUGGAAAGCCUGGAAGGAGCUGUCACAUCGCGCGCUGUUCAUAUAUUGACUAAAUUGACUGAAAGUGGACCGUAUGUGCCCUAUAAUGGACAAGUGUUAUCUGUUAAUGUCCUGAAAGCUCGUAAGACGUAUGAGCAUGCACUGCAAGAUUAUUUAAAUAAAACACCAGUUUCUGAUCGGGAUCAGGUCGGUGAGUCUAACCAGCUGGUUAACUUGGUUGGAUGUUACGCAGUGUUCCAGUACUUGACCGUUGGGAUUGAUGCAGCGGUAUUGGUAUAUGCACAGGCUUCGGAAAAACUUCAAGUUCCUGCUCCAGAGAAAUGUGAAAAUUCCGGAAUGAAUUCUGGCGUUCAAAAUCUUCCCACAGCUCUUGAAGCUGUCACACUGCUGCACACAAAUUUACUCAGGUUCCACAUGAAAAUUAGCGUUUAUCCUUUGAAUCCUUUGCGAGAGGCCCUAACGGAGGCGCUGAGGAGAUAUCCUAGCAACCAGUCCCUCUGGAGGUCGUACAUCCAGGUCCAAGGGAAGUCUCACAGUGCUAGCAAAGCACGAAGGUUUUUUGAUGGUGUCACGAGGUCUACCAGCUCUUUAGAGCCGUGGCUGUUUGCAAUCCAAGCAGAGCAAAUGAGAAAAAAACUUACUGAGCACGUCCAGAGGGCAGAUGUUGGUGAAAUAUAUUAUACUAUUCCUGAAACUGGGUUAACAAAUAGGAUUAUAGCUCUAUUUGAACAUGCCACUCAGAGUGAAAAUGGUACCCAUUGUCCACUGCUAUGGAGGAUGUAUUUGAACUUUCUGGUUUCAGUAGGAAAAAAAGAAAAAAGUAAAGGAUUGUUUUAUAAAGCCAUUCAGAACUGUCCUUGGACAAAAGUACUGUAUAUGGAUGCAAUAGAGUACUUCCCUGAUCAGCUACAAGAGACACUUGAUCUAAUGACUGAAAAAGAAUUAAGAGUGCGGGUACCUAUGGAAGAGCUGGAUCUCCUGUUAGAAGUCUAAGAGAAGAUUGUGUAAGAGCGAAGAAAGUACACAAGCUAGUUCCAAAACUAACACUUAGUUAGAACUGUCUCUACAAGCUGGAGCUCUGUUGGGACUUGGGUACUAUGUACUUUUUUUUAAUUUUUUUGUACAAGUUGCUAUCAAAAUGGAGUUCUACUAGCUGUGAGUAUUCUUGGAUCAAGUACUGCAUUUUGCCCACAGAAAUGCAUCCAUUUCUCUGAAGUAUUCCUGGCUCCCACAGAAGGAUACCCUCUCGCAAAUAUCCUCCUGUUGAAUGUUGCCCACAUUUCUUCUUCUAUUGUUUGAAAUUACAUUCCCUGGAGUUCAAUAGAGAUUCAGUACAUGCCAAUUAUGGUUUGGUGAACAGCACAGGAAAUAAACAUCUGCCAAGUGGAUGCUCCACUGUCCUCCAGCUGGCAGACUUCAGUAAUUUCCUUCAGCUUGGUAUGCGUGUGUAUAUAUAACCACCGAGUCAAACAACAGUUACAUCUGUUCAUAAACAGUGAAGGCCAAAUCUUUGCUUGUGCAGGCACCUAUUUUGGACUUGUAUUUGUAUGUUUUGACAGAUGACCAUUUUAAUAUGAAUAUUUAUGAAAAAUAUACCUUUAAUUUUUAAAAUUCAAAUGGAA